AGACUCAGUUGAACUUCACGGAUCUCCCAAAAACGGUUCGUGGAUGGUGAGCUAUGACGGCCCCCUUCUCGACGAUCAUUCGUGGUCUCAUACCAUUUCCUUAAUUGUCUCAAACGCGGUUAUGUGACGAAUUCGAACAGUAAGUGUUGAUGAAUUCUAGGUUCCGUAUGAAGUCUUAUUCUACUACCAUACACACAGGCGACACUUUUUUCAAGGAUUUGGCGGCUGUUAGUUGCAUACUUACUUAGUAGACAGUAGAGGGGCGUCUCUGUAAUGUUGGUUUCACUUUCACUUGCCUACUACAUCUCGUCAGUAAAUGUGCACCUAUCUAUUUGACGACACACCAUAAGAAGAACACUGUGUAAAAAACGAGCGAUAAUGAAGGGACUUUUUCAGCUCUGAUACACUCACAGAGUUCUUCUGUGACAGCUUCUGACUGUCGCGGCACGUAGGUCGAGUGCGAACACGGUAGAACAAGUGAGAACGAACCUGUCGUCGCCGCAUACGAAGUGCACCAAAAGAAGAACUGUGCCUUUCGUCGUGGUCGUGCAUCUGGUUCUCGUCUGCACCGUGGUCUCUCUGCUUGCCGGACCGUAAGAUUGCAUCCGGUGAGACGAAUCCUCCAGAUGCCUGAACAUGCUUUAACGUGGUCACGUCAUCUGGAGGAAAAAUGAUGCAACUAGGACGAGUUUUGCUUAUUGGGCUGGCGUCCGGGAUACGCUCAGCAUGGGGCCAAGCAAAGAUAUCAGCGAAAACUAUACGACUGCCAAACCAUCCAGAUGCGCGCUUUCGUCUAGAGGCUUACGGUGGAGAAUACGCGUGGUCAAGUCUUAGUCCGGUACUCCUCUAUAAUCAAUUCUCCGUAACUUAACUGGAAAAGUCUAAUUCGGAUUCUUCUUGUGCUGAUCAAGUAGAAGUCAUCAAGACGGCUAUGUUAAGUUCGCUGUGAAAAGCAAAACCAAUGUGCCACUUCUUUUCGAAACUAUUUUUCGUACUUUUAUCUUUACUCAGAGUGUGGUUAGAAUCGUCGAGCAGACGGACAGUUAUGCGGUGCUUGCGCCGAAGAGUGUCGGAAAGUCUACUGUUUUUGCCCGAGACGCGGAGCAGGGCGGAAAAGCGUGCGAUGUCUACGUUUCCGACAUUUACGAGUUGGAAAUAGUCACUCCCGUGAGACGCAUCAACGUCGAAGAUGUUGAUCAGCUCUCAGUUCUGGGCUACGACAAGGAACGAAACAUUUUUAACACGUUGGAGGGCAUUGCCUUCAACUGGCGAAUUCAAGAUGAAAACAAGCUCGCGCAUGUGCGCAUGAAGGACACGGAGUACUUUUUCUUGGUUGUUAGCAAGAUGGCUUAUGGUUAAGGGUUACUACAUUGCAUUCUGCACUACCAUCCUUGACUUUUUCUCCAGUAGGAAAAGGGUCAGGGAUGAUCUGAAGAGUGCAAUGUCGCAAGCUCUAAUAAAGACUCCAUGUUUGUUUUGUCUGUUGUUUGUGCUGGGUGAUUUUUUUCUUGUUUCAAUUUGAUGUACUUAGAGGUCUCGACAUUCGAUGCGAAUAUUUCAUCAUAAUCUAGAUGAAGCAUACAAAAUUCAAUUGACGCAGGACCUUCGUUUCCGGUCAACGUACUUUGCUUGAGGAGCAAGGAAAAUAUAGCGACGUUAUUUUGGUAAAGGGUAAGUCGACCGGAGAGACCGUAGUCAGCGCGAGGACGGAUAGGCUGGCUUCAAAGGACGUUGUUCUCACGGUGAGCGAGAAUCUCAUGCUUUUUCCGAGUCAUCUAUGGACGGUGCCUGGCGCGGAAAUUAAGUAAGCACUCUUUGCUUAUAAUACUCUUGUACGCAUCACCGAGUUUUUCAAUAUCUGAAAAUGUACAGGAGCAACUGUACAACUAAAUGCCUCCAGCGAUCACUCUACAAAUUGAUCAGUAUGAUACUUGGCUCUACACUCAGUCAGAAUGUAGUGAUGACGUAUCCCUUUCAGGUAUGGAGUUAAAGUUUACAAGAGCGGCUACAGGGACCUUUCGGACAUCCCGUUCGUGCAGCUGCCUACGCCCUAUUUUUCCUUCGUUUCCGAAAAUAAAGCUGUUGUCUCUGUCGACGCUGCAAAGGGUGCAGCAACAGUCCUGCAAUUGACGGGUGGGAAGACGCAAGGGGAAACGAAGAUAACAGUCAACGAUAAGCGUAUCGAAGACAACGCAGCGAGCGCAGUGCUCGCGGUAGCAGAACCCGCGGCAGUCUUCAUCGUCGUAAGACCCUACGCGGCCCCAAAAAGCUGGGAGACGGCGACCAUGGAGGAAUGGGGUACGACUAUCUUCUAGACAACUGGUUCUCCGUUUUGUGUUGUUCGUUGAUUAUUUUAUUGUUGAAUGCUCAUCAUGUGACCACGCCUCUCACAUUCUACUUCUAUUUAUCGUCUUACCGAAGCCAAAUCCACCACUUACAGAUGCUUUGUAUGCCCAGCCGUCGCUCACGCACUUGGUCGAGGGUCGUAAGUACGUCGCUUACCUCAGUCUAGAAAGCAAGGAGCACCAAACUCUUGCGCUCCCAAGCAAUCUGGAGGCCGAUUUCAGUUGCAAGCGGCCUUGCCCAGUUGAGGCGGACACCGGAAAGGCGUCUGGCGAUAAUAAGUUCACUUCGUGGGCUGUGCCGUUCACAGCGAGUGCCGUCGGCGCCGGCACCUUGCGAUUCGAGAAGUUGCGGCUGCUGGGUUCGGCGAAGAGUGCAGCGUCUUCCCAGACUUUCGCGAAAGUGAAUGCAGCAGAGUUGGAGAUCGAAGUUUUUACGCCUCUCAAGGCAGCACUGAAGCAACUUGUCUUGCCGCCAGAACACACAAUGGCGCUGGAGAUUUCAGGGGGAACGGGAUCUUACGAAUUCAGUUCGGAUACUACCGAAGUCGUGGUAGAUGCCGCGGGCAAAGUCACAACGAAGCAAUCAGUGGCGGACGCACGAAUACGCAUACGAGACAAAGGAGACACGCAAAACACAGUAGAGGUAUCUGACACACUAUAUUUUGAAGUAGUGCAUAAGCAUAACGAAAUUUCAGACGAUUACGACAUGAUGAACCGAAAGAAAAUGAUAAGAAGAGUCCGAUGCUCAGCAGCUGAGGAUUUACUUACGAGGGCACUGGGUUCUGACUUCGCUUGUGACUUCUUUGGUUAAACUUAAAAUCACAGGAUGAAUCGAAAAAAAUGAUAAGAAGAGUCUGAUUUGCCUCAACUACGAGGGUGAAGACACUUCCUACGAGAGCACUGGGUUCUGAUGAUUUUCCGUAACCUAUUCCAUGUUUGAAUGUUAGCUAAAAAUAGGCGUCUAUUUUCAAACAUUAACUUCUGAUCCGCUUUUGAUAACUAAGGUUCUCGUGCAUGUGCGGCUACCAGACCGAUUGGCAUACGAGGCGGCUUCGAAGCAGGUCGCCUUCAUUCAUGAGGGUCGGACAGGCGGUCUCGCAAAGUCCGUCGACGUUCCGGUUAUUGGCAUUCCUGCGGUGCGCGCAUCUUCCGGCUACGACGAAAGCAAUUGGAGAUAUCAUACUUGCUCGGGUUUAAUGCCAGAAGCCGCGGUAGUGGAACCGGAAUGGGUUGCCAAAGUCAUUGGUAUUCAUAUUACAGAUUAUGCCUUUUUUGUUGUCCACAUCACGUCAUCGACCGAGCUAAGUAUUCAAGAAUCUUCAAUUAUAAGCGAGUAUCCUUCAACGAAUUUCAAUUUUUUCUACUUCUUACAGAUGUGAGCCGCGACGCAAGCAAGCUUGGUGUGUGUGGAGUUGUUCGUGUUCGCCCAGAACAGACCGGGGAUGUGACGCUGUCGCUACCUAAGGUACGCCAUGAAGUGCAGGAAAUUUCAUUCUUCCGACCGAUUCAGAUUGAAUUCGAGCACGAGCUGCCUUUUGUGCCACCCACGUACACACCGUCAGCAGCAACUUCGAGCACCACCGUUGGAGGGAAAGCCGGAGCGGCAGGUGCUAAAGCAGUUGCGACGCGAGCUGGCACGACGCCAUCCACCGGGCCGCUCAGUAGUGCCGCAGCCGAACUGGGUUCCACGAUAUUUCUCAAGUUUACGCAAGGUCCGCUGGUUGAGAGGACUGGGAAGCAGAAGAAACUUCGCAUGUUGGCUGACGACAGCACUGGAGCUGCUGGCACGCCGCCAGGAAAGGUCGCAUCCAUUGUGCAAGAGUCCGAGGAAGGAUUUUCCGUUCGCUGCCUGGAGACGGAGGGAAAAGUUAUACUCGAGGGAAGCAUCUACCUGCCAUCCGAGGAGCUGGAGACGACGACACGAGCCUAUCUUCACUGCGCCAAGCCCGAUUUUGUGCGGAUCUUUUCAGUGGAGCGAGAAAACUUCGCGCUACGCGACGCGAUGUACCCGAUGUCCGCAGUAUGCGGAAAUGCACACCCGGGACACGAGUUGCUCGCGGCCGUGUAUGAAAAGGGCGGUCGUCCGUUGCUAGCGCUUAAAUACGCGAGCACGGUGGAGUGGAAGAGCAAUGCCUCGAUCAAAGAUAAAGCCGCACGAGCGGAACUGCGCAUGGAGUGUCCAGCUGAUGUCAAUCGAAGUGGACCAAAUGCCGCUGCAGGUGCCAGGACAGGACAAAAGACAGAUAGCACGACUGGUGGUAAAAGAGCAGCAGCAGGUUCCACCGCUGGAGCAGAUCUGCAGGAGGGAACUAGCGGUACAGGCUCAGCGACUGUUGUGACAGUUGCGUACUUGGGAAAAACAGACAGAAUAAGCCUCAGACCAGCCCGACCAGUAGAGAUCGAGUGGCCAGGAAAACCGCAUACAAAUUUUGUCUUUGGAGCUGCAUAUCUUUUCACGAUCUGGGGAGGUUCAAGGCAAUGGCCGCUGAAGUGGACCAAAGCUCCAGAGCUCAAGAUCGCACCCUACAAAAGAAAGAAUGCCGCUGGUGCUAAGGGCAGCGCGGCCGUGAAAGCAGCAACGAAAGGCAGUAGGAACGGCACUGACGUUGAGAACAGUUACAACUCGGCCACGGGAGAGACAGCCACCUUGGGAGAGGUCGAGUGGCCGAGCGCCGAGGCCGAAGCAGAGGAUCGCAACAACGUGGUACCAGCGCGGUACCGCAUUCCGGAGUGCUCGUUGCAAAGCGGGUGCCGAGGCCAGUGGACGAUGAGUUCUGAAGUUGUGGGUGAGGGCGACAUGCGCAUUUCCGACGACGGUCUCCUAGGCGCGAAGCCCAUUGAGCUUAGUUUCGACUUCCAGAAACCAUCGGCCAUCCGUUUCGGACGCACAGAGAAGCAGGGCGAAUCCGGGAAGCCGCUGCUUGUCCGCUUGAAUUUGAUGGGUGGCGGCUCGAGCGUGGGGCACUACUCCGAGAGCGGCAGAGAGUACGCAGACGGCGACGACGAGGAAGACGCUGAUGGUCUUGAGACAACAGACUAUACUGGUAGGCCGCCUAGUACUGUGUCGGAUGAUCUAGGGCAGUUGUUGCAUCCUCAUCUGUGGAAGCCUGCUGGACUGUCGUGUCGCGUCAUGCACGGCCUGGGACAGAACCAGCGAGAGCUCACGAAAUACACGGGUGUAGAGUUUCUGCGGGCUGGCGCGGACGGAUAUUUGAAGUUUUCCGAUCUGCAGGUCGGCGACUACAACAUUAGAUGCAGCACCAAGGACCGCACGGUGGUCAGUCCCAGUCUCACCUUACGAAUUUUCCCGACGUUGCAGAUGCAGCCAUCGAGACUCGUGGGCUUACCACGACAAACCGCGGAGUUCACGCUGGUAGGUGGCGCGACAGCGGGUGGAGCCGGCUUCCGUUACCAUUCUAGCGACCCAUCUGUCGUGAUUGUAGACGAGCGCACUGGGCAGUUGAAAUUCCUGAGCGAAGGUGCAGCUACCGUCACAGCAGAAUUGGUCGAGUCGCGAUCAGAACAAGUCCUCGCAACAGCUACUGGCGACGUUGUGGUCGCGUGGCCGGCGCGCGUCUCGCUCGCAGCUGUGCCGCUUGUCGCGAGUGGCGUGCCACCACCCUCAGCGGCUGUGGUGAGCAAACCGCUCAAAGUGGUCCAUGCUCGAAAACUCUUUGCAAGCCUUUUCACGUUGGACAAUCUACCAUUCACGCCCGCGCUUCUCGCUCGCGGCAACGACGAAACAGAUUGCAACUUCAUCUGGAAAGUGGACGGCGAGCGGUUGCAGGGUCCGGGACAGCUCUCCGCGGAAUUGCGUGGCAUGCCCCCAGCUUCUGGCGCAGCCAGCAACAGUGGAUCUGCAACAUCUUCCCAGGUGCAAGUCGAAGUUGCGUGUCGUAGCGCAAGCGUGAAAAUCGAGCAGCCGGUAUUGAUCGGACGACCGCUUUUAGACGGCGCUUUGCGCUCAGGCGUCCUUGCAAUGCCUUUGCGGAGUGUGGUUCAGCUUCGAAAUCUUGUUUCUGGCGGAACCGCGGCGAUUCUGUCCGGUGAAGAUUUCCAUGUGGACGUAUCUCACGUGCGCGGUGGCGCAUUCCUCGUGCGCGAGAACAAGCAGAUCGAGACAGGACAUGAAGAAGGAGAUGGAGUGCUGCUCAUGCAGAAGCCAGGCCGGGAACCAGGCCUUGUUGCGCUUUCGGCGCGAAAGAUUGACGAAAUCCGACUCGACACUUUGGAGUCCGCGGAUGGCGCAGACAAGCUUCACCGCUGUCGCCAGAACUGCGCGCUCCAGCGUGCGGUCUCAGCUAUUGAGGGGGCUUCUUCUUCGGAUCUAGGAUUUGAUAAGCAUUAUGGAGCCGCUCAUGACGGCGGAGCAAAGACAGCAGCAGGACCGCUCCUGACCUGGGCACCGCAGACACAGGGCUUCUCUUCGCACGACUCUGACAGCUUUCAGAUUCCUGGCCAGCAAAGCGGUGCCUCAUCGAGUCUCGGUAAGAACACAUUGAUCGCAUUACCUGUGGGGUCUAGCUCAACGCUCACUGUGUCUCUCUUCGCAAACGGGGAACCGAUGCUCUUCCCGAGCCAGGGAGUGAAGGUAACGGCGCUAUCGUCACACAGCUCAAUCGUUGGUGUCGAGGUGGUAGCCGGUGGCGGCAACCAAGUGCGACUGCGCGCUCACGGGGUUGGCUGUGCCGGCAUUCAGGUGGAGGUGAACCAUGCGGAACAAAGUUUCUUCCAGGUACUGGCUGUUUGCACAAAACGAGAAACUCUGUUGCCAACUUCGCGUAGUCCGGUCGAAGUGGCGUCCAGCAAGCGGGAUGAAAGCGGAAAUCUGAAAGACGAUAGCGACAUCGACAUUCCUUCGGACCUGACGAGUCUGUCAAGAUUACUUUUGCACGUGAAUGCUAUUUGCAACUUCUUUGUGGCUAGUAAGAGCAAGCUAUUGACGAUACGGGUACACGAGUACAACGAUGCGUCGCAGAGAAAACUGGUGGAAAAGGAGUUCACCGAUUUGCUCCUCGAUGCGCGAAAAGACUUCGAGAAAACGUCAAAAGCUAAUGGUGCUGCCGGCUCUUCAUCUUCAGGCUUAGGUUACUUUAACUUUACGGGACGUAGUGGAAACGAACAAGGCUCAGCGACAGGAGCAGGAGAAAUUAGUGGCGCCACUGCACCAGUGACUGCAUCAGUGGUUCGAGUAGUUUCGCAUCGACGAGUCAGUCAGUUCGGCAACGCGCACGAGUUGGUUUUAGAUGUGUCCGAGGGAACAGCUGUCUUUCCCGAGCUCAUCGAGAAAAUGUGGGCUGCUACCGUGACAACACUUGGUCCCUAUCUAGAACAGCAGUGGGACAUGUCCUACGGAAUCCGCCCAGAGUCAGCAGCAGACCAAGAAUUCGCAGAUGCAGAACAGCAAAAAAGGUAUUUUUUGUUUGAUGCAAUUGUUACAACAUGCAACUAAGUAGUUGUAUUCGCUCUACUUGCUUCUUCUACUAGUUGGUAGAGGUACUAGAAGUUGAGGUUGUGAACAAUGUUCACGCUGUCUUAUGCUGGUUCGAGUUCUGCAUUUAUACAGGAAACCCAGGAUGUCCGACAGUACUUUGCCCAUAAAUUCUUUUAGGUGUCCGCAUGGCCGAUGGUGGAGCAGCAAUUCUCGAGUUUUAGCAUUCGAGAACUCAAAUGUUGGGGUUGCUACAGCGAAAGGCGUAGGACAGGCAACAGUCCAUUUUUGUGGGGAUUUUGAGCAGAGUACCACUGUAGCAGUGGACACGGUCGCUACCAUCCGUGCUCCACGAGAAGUGCAGCUGACUAGCUAUCCUCGCCUAAAGGAAAAGACCUAUCGCAUCCCACUAGCCUUGAUGGAUGAGGAGACGCGACUAUUUGAAACGCAUUCGCCGUUCUUUAGGCAAAAUCUGCGCAUCCGGUGCGAAGGCGACAACAUCUUGCGAACAUUCUUCGACGUUGAGGAUGUGCAGCCACAAAACCUGGAUGGCGGACCAGCCUGCAGCCUCAGAAAAAAAGUAACAAUAAAAAAGUUAACCCUAGGAUAAUAAGCCUCUUUUUUUGAUGGCCUUCACCUUGUUAGUUCGACCAAGACUAUUUUCUUUGUCGUCUCUAGCAGACAAUGCAUUCGACAGACACGUGAUGAUCUUGUUAACAAGCUACAACUAACGAAAUCUACCACGCAGGUUCCAGAGACCGCGAAGCUGCUUUCGUUAGCGGAGAGAAUAGACAACGUAAAGCUGCGAGUUGAGGUGUUGCAUGGAGGCGCAUCAGAGUCAGACAAGGCUGUCGCAGGCCUCGUGGAUCUUCCGUUUGUCCCGGCCUUUGUGCUCCUUGACGUGACGGGACGAGAGCUUGACCUCGAUACGGGACUGCGAUUGAGUACUUCAUUUAGGAAUGGUUUCGGAAAGUAAGAGUUGGUAUAAGUAGAAGAUGUAGAAGAGUAAUUCGCUUUCACAAGCAUAACAAUUCGGUUUUUUCUUUGCUGACUAGUGAAAGAACAGUAACAAGAACAAAGAGUUUCAUUUUCUUACAUUAUUGCUACCCGACCACAGCUGCGUCUUCCCCUGCCGCGUCAUUGAGAAUAUGGACCGGCGGACGGGAAAUAACCGUGCGAGCGUCUGACUCAAGGCUAAAAGUGGUCCAGGAGAAAUCCACAGAAACACUGCAUAGCGUGAAUGUCCUGCUCCAGCCAGGACAGGCAACGGGAGCAAAUAGUGCGAUCGUCAUUGAGGGGGAGCAGGGUUUCCUGGAGACGGUAAGAGUACAACUUCCAGGAGGACCGAAGGUAGAGCCUUCAACAGGAAAAGGAAGCGGGAGCGAAACAAGAAGUACUUACUUCUAUGAGAUUUAGAUCAUAGAAUCCGUUCGGGUUUGAACGAUUGCGAGAACCUAGCUAUUUCACAACUAGCUAUUUUCAUAUCUAUAGAUUUUCCAUUUCAUAUCAAGAUUACCGCUUUUCCUCUUCAUACAGGUUUUUUCUCUGCUGGCUGCAGUUGGCAAACGGGUUUCGCGCUUCUCGUCAUAGUUGUCGCCGGCUACACUAUCUUUGGACCCGGUAGCGGCUCAUCACGGAGUGGGAUGCAUUACCCACAUAGAACCGAUGGUGCCUACACACCUGCCCACUACGAAAGCCCCUUUCGGAAAGCCGACGAAUCAACCUUCUUCGACGCGGGAGGAGGAUCAGCGGGGCCCAGAAGUCAAUAUGGUAGCCCCGCCUCAGCGUUCGCGGAUCAAAGGGGUGCUGGCGGUUACAUGCACUCAACUCCGCACUUUCGAGGCGGGAGGCAGCUCGGCGCGAGCUCGGGGGGAUACAUGUAGAUGCGUCAUUGAUCUUUUAACGACUUGUUCGCAAUUUGGCAUGAAGAUUUUUCUGCUAUUUUUAUUCCUUCGCAUGAAAAUUGUACCUCAGACUUGUUGUAAAGGAUUGAUAAUGUCAUAUUUGGCUGUCGCUUUCUUUUCUUAUGCUUUAUUUCACCUGUUUACGGACCGCUGAGACGGCUGCGGACUGAAAUAUAUCUGCAUUUUCAUGCUGCAUCUGCAGCAAUAAAAGUUCCAGACGAUCAUGGGACAAAGCCCUCCUCUCCACGAUGUAUUUCCAGGGUUUUCGUUUUGUUCCCCAAUAUAACGCGCGCGCAAAGAUAUGGUAUUUUUUACACUCAUGGAUGAUCUUCUAUUCAGCCCCUCCGACUGCGUCGGAAACGGGCGGGCGUC